AUGGCGGUGGUGAAGGAGGCGGAGACGGAGGCGGACUCGGCGGCGGAGACGGAGGCGGACUCGGCGGCGGAGACGGAGGAGGGCUCGGUGGUGGAGAAGGAGGGGGGCUCGGAGGCGGCGGCGACGGCGGUGGUGGAGAAGGAGGAGGCGAUGGCGGAGGAGACGGAGGAGGGCUCGGUGGUGGAGAAGGAGGGGGGCUCGGAGGCGGCGGCGACGGCGGUGGUGGAGAAGGAGGAGGCGAUGGCGGAGGAGACGGAGGAGGGCUCGGUGGUGGAGACGGAGGGGGGCUUGGUGGCGGUGAAGGAGGUGGGCUCGGAGGCGGCGAUGGCGGAGGAGACGGAGGAGGGCUCGGUGGUGGAGAAGGAGGGGGGCUCGGAGGCGGCGGCGACGGCGGUGGUGGAGAAGGAGGAGGCGAUGGCGGAGGAGAAGGAGGCGGCGAUGGCGGAGGAGACGGAGGAGGACUCGGCGGCGGAGACGGAGGCGGGCUCGGUGGUGGAGAAGGAGGGGGGCUCGGUGGUGGAGAAGGAGGGGGGCUCGGAGGCGGCGGCGACGGCGGUGGUGGAGAAGGAGGAGGCGAUGGCGGAGGAGACGGAGGAGGGCUCGGUGGUGGAGACGGAGGGGGGCUUGGUGGCGGUGAAGGAGGUGGGCUCGGAGGCGGCGAUGGCGGAGGAGACGGAGGAGGGCUCGGUGGUGGAGAAGGAGGCGGGCUCGGAGGCGGCGGCGACGGCGGUGGUGGAGAAGGAGGAGGCGAUGGCGGAGGGCUCGGCGGCGGAGAAGGCGGAGGACUCGGCGGCGGAGACGGAGGCGGGCUCGGUGGUGGAGACGGAGGCGGGCUCGGUGGAGGCGAUGGCGGCGGAGAAGGUGGAGGACUCGGUGGUGGUGAUGGAGGAGGAGGCGACGGUGGUGGUGGAGAAGGAGGAGGCGAUGGCGGCGGGCUCGGUGGCGGUGAAGGCGGAGGACUCGGAGGCGGUGAUGGCGGAGGAGAAGGCGGAGGACUCGGCGGAGGACUCGGCGGCGGGCUCGGUGGUGGUGAUGGAGGAGGAGGCGACGGUGGCGGAGGAGAAGGAGGCGGGCUCGGCGGCGGCGAUGGCGGAGGAGAAGGAGGAGGACUCGGCGGAGGAGAUGGAGGAGGACUCGGCGGAGGAGAUGGAGGAGGGCUCGGUGGCGGUGAAGGAGGCGGGCUCGGAGGCGGCGAUGGCGGCGGAGACGGAGGCGGGCUCGGAGGCGGCGAUGGCGGAGGAGAAGGCGGAGGACUCGGCGGCGGAGACGGAGGCGGGCUCGGUGGAGGCGAUGGCGGAGGAGAUGGAGGAGGACUCGGCGGCGGAGACGGAGGCGGGCUCGGUGGAGGCGAUGGCGGAGGAGAUGGAGGAGGACUCGGCGGAGGAGAUGGAGGAGGGCUCGGUGGCGGUGAAGGAGGCGGGCUCGGAGGCGGCGAUGGCGGCGGAGACGGAGGAGGACUCGGCGGCGGAGACGGAGGCGGGCUCGGAGGAGGACUUGGAGGAGGUAGCGGCGGCGGCGACGGCGGCUGUGGAAGAGUGUGUUCAAAAGAAAAUGUAUUCAUCGGGUCAAUGA